CCCACUGUAGAAGAAAUGGCGGACAUGGACGAGCUGUUUGGAAGUGAUGGAGACAGCGACAACGAUCAAAGAGAAUCAGGUUCUGGGUCGGGUUCUGAUUCGGAGCAGGAGAGGCCUCGGUCAGCGAGCAACGCCUCGGGCAGUGAGAGCGAGAGGGAGCGAGAUGAUGAGGAGGACGAUGAGGGACACGAGGCAGGAAAGCCCAGCAUGAAUCAGGAGCUGUUUGGUGAUGACAGCGAGGAUGAGCAGCACAGUCAGCACAGCGGCAGCGACAACCAGUCCAUACGGUCAGGGAACCAGUCGGAUGUCAGCAUGCACUCAGACCAGUUGGAGAACGAUCACUCCGACGCCGAGCAGCACAGCGGAUCGGAGCGCGACCAGCGAGACGAAGACGAGGAUGACUUGGGCAACAGGUCGGGCGGAGGAAGCCCAGCCAGCAGUGGAGCAUCCGGUGCCGGAAGCCCUCGCUCUGAACGGGGCAGCGCUCGUUCAGACAGAAGUGUCCGCAGUGAUCCCGGGACUCCGCAGUCGGGGCUGGGCACCCCUCACUCCGAUGGGGAGGCGUCGGGCAGGGAGAACCAGUCGGACGACGAGAAGUGGGGAGGAGCUAAGAGUGACCAGUCAGAGGACGAGGAGGAUAAGCAUCGCUAUUCUGACGAAGACAGAGAGAACUCUGAGGACGAGGAGUCAAGGAACAGGAAGUCAGAGUCUGCAAAGGGCAGCGACAGCGAGGACGAGUUCAUCAGACAGAAAACCAAACCCAAAGCUGCCUCUGACUCGGACUCGGAUAGUGACGGUGAAAUGAAGAAACCGAAGAAAACUGCAGCUGACGAUCUAUUCGGAGAAGCUGAUGACAUCUCUUCAGACAGCGAUGCAGAGAAGCCUCUGACCCCAGGACAACCUCUGGACGGAGAGGAUGGGAUGGAGGGGGAGCAUGCAGAGGAGGAGCCCGCGCCCGAAACGCGUAUCGAAGUUGAGAUCCCAAAAGUCAGUACGGACUUGGGGUCAGACCUUUAUUUUGUAAAGCUGCCCAACUUCCUGUCUGUGGAGCCCAGGCCUUUUGACCCACAAUACUACGAGGACGAGUUUGAAGACGAAGAAAUGCUGGAUGAGGAGGGGCGGACCCGCCUCAAAUUGAAGGUGGAAAACACAAUCAGGUGGCGAGCGAAGAGAGACGAGGAGGGGAACGAAACCCGAGAGAGCAACGCUCGGAUUGUGAAGUGGUCCGACGGCAGCAUGUCCCUCCACCUGGGGAACGAGGUGUUCGAUGUCUACAAGGCUCCUCUGCAGGGAGACCACAACCACCUGUUCAUCCGGCAGGGAACCGGACUGCAGGGACAGGCCGUGUUCAAAACCAAACUCACCUUCAGGCCUCACUCCACAGACAGCGCCACCCACAGGAAGAUGACCCUGUCUCUGGCCGACCGCUGCUCCAAGACGCAGAAGAUCCGGAUCCUCCCCAUGGCUGGCAGAGAUCCGGAGUCGCAGCGCAACGAAAUGAUCAAAAAAGAGGAGGAGCGUCUGCGAGCGUCCAUCCGCAGAGAGUCCCAGCAGAGGAGGAUGAGGGAGAAGCAACACCAGAGGGGGCUGAGCAGCAGCUACCUGGAGCCCGAUCGCUACGAUGACGAAGAGGAGGGCGAGGAGGCCAUCAGCCUGGCAGCCAUCAAGAGCAAAUACAAGGGAGGAGGCCUGAGAGAGGAGCGAGCGAGGAUCUACUCAUCAGAUAGUGACGAAGGCUCUGAUGAAGACAAAACCCAGAGGCUGAUGAAGGCCAAGAAGUUAGACAGUGAUGAGGAGGGCGAAGGCUCGGGCAAGAGGAAGGCUGAGGAUGAGGAAGAAACGGCCACUAAAAAGGCCAAGAAAUAUGUCAUCAGUGAUGAAGAGGAGGAGGAGGAGGAGGAGGAGGAACAGGACGAUGAAUGAUAACAUCGGUGGCGUUUAAAUAGCCAUGUUUUGUAUAUUUUCCUAUGACCUGUGUGUGUUUUUUUUUUGUUUAUUAUGUGUA